AUGGCAAACACUGCUGGCCCGUCCUCAUCCACAAGGCAGUCGGCCCCCUCCCACAAACCCCAGCCCGGCUCUUCCACAACCGAUAAUGACCGCAUCCCCACCGCCGAUGCCCUCUUCGAGGCCCUGGCAAGCCAGAGCCACAACCACACCACCACCGCCGCCACACUCACCCCCUCCGCCAUCCACGACGAUGACUCUGCUAUCCCCUUCUUUGACCAACAGCCCCACGACAACAACCUACCUUCAAAUAUAGAUAACCCGCUCAUGGUCCACGUUCAACAGCUGCCAACCCCAAGGACCUCCUUCUCCUCCGGGGCCUCGUCCCCGCCAGAAAACUUUUCGCCCGGCUCGCACUCUUCCAACAACCACAACCAUGGUCAUACCCAUAGCCACAGCCAGCAUCUCCACAACACCUAUCAAUUCGCUAGCCUCACUCCAACUUCGCUAGCUUCUUCUACCGUCUCUUCGACCUCUUCAACACCGGCACCCACGUUUCAGAGCACUUUUGCUUCCUCCUCUUCUUCUUCCGCCGGUUCUGCCUCUGGUUCCGGCCCCAUCGCUUCCUCAGCCUUGCCUCUCGCAAAGUCCCCUUUGUCUGUGAGCCACCUCUACCAGCCUCAGACCUACCCAGCCUUGCGCUCAACCUCGCCUGCCCUGAACCCGACCAUUGGGCCUUCUCUUUAUGACGCAACCAGCGCUUCAUCAUUAGCUUCGUUAGCUUCUGCGUCUGCCACCACCACCACCACCACCUACAAUACCCAGUACACAGGAUCCAGCAGUCAUGCCAUUGGCACCUCGAGCGUUCUCGGCGGUCGCUGGCCAGCACAGAGCCAGCAGCCCUUGUACGAUCAGCAACCCUCGUACCACCACCAACAACAGCAGCACCAACACCAAUACCAGCAGGAGCACAUGUACUUUGAGGACGACGAAAAAGAGCUUCAAAAGAAGCAGAACCGAUCGGCACUCAUUGGCGUCGCUGCCUAUCUUCCCCCAGCCUUGAACCAAGGACUGAGCAAGGUGGUUCAAUCGGCUCAGGCGGUCGUUUCCUCCAAUGGACGCAAGCUCUCGUUGCCCUCGAGUCGGCCUUUGGACGGAGUUUCAUCGUCAGGAUUCUCUGCUGGAACCAGCGCUAGUGUGGACCCAAGCUCGCUCCGCGGCAUGACCAUGAAGUUUUACAAGGCUUCCAAGUUGCCCGGUCUUUGUCUGCUCUGGUACCUUUCCUCGGCCGUCACCAACAACAUUGGAAAGCAGAUUAUGAACCAGUUCCGAUACCCCAUCACCUUGACCUUUGUCCAGUUCGUGUUUGUGUCCUUUUUCUGUUUUUUGCUCGGCACAGGAUUCAGGAUGACCACGAUCCGCCGACCCACUAUGGGCAUUAUCCAAAUGACCGCCCCGCUGGUCGGGUUCCAGGUUGUUGGACAUGUCUUUUCCAGUUUUGCCAUCAGUCGAGUCCCAUUGAGUGUCGUCCAUACCAUCAAGGCAUUGUCACCGCUCUUCACUGUCGUCUUUUACCGUGUCAUUUUGGGCACAACCUACAGCAGGGAUGUCUACAUCUCCCUCGUUCCUUUGACAGCAGGUGUCAUGUUAGCUUGCAGACUGUCGCUCGAAUUCAACAACCUUGUCGGCCUCGUCUGUGCGCUGGCAUCGAUGUUGGUCUUUGUGACCCAGAACGUUUUCACCAAAAAGAUUCUCUUCAGCAACAAGGCCAAGCAACAGCAACUGGGCAACAAAGAAGGAACCAAUCAGGAUGACGACGACAUCGGAUCCAGCAACGCCCAAAAGCUCGACAAGAUCAACAUUCUUUUUUACUCGUCGACCAUGGCUGCGAUCUGCAUGAUCCCCAUUUGGUUAUACGCUGAGGGACUGGGACUCAUGUUCCCGGACGAAUCGGCAGCCUACCACCACGCCUCGGGCCAUUCUUCUGGAUUCUGGGGUGUCUCCUGGCUGUUGUUCCUGAACGGCGUCUCGCACUUUUUCCAGAACAUCUUUGCCUUCUCGGUCUUGGCGCUCACCUCUCCAGUGACGUACUCGAUUGCGUCGUUGAUCAAGCGUAUUGUAGUCAUUGUGGCCAGUAUUGUGUACUUCCACCAGACUUUGGGCACGACGCAGUGGACGGGAGUCUGCCUGACCUUCUGGGGUUUGUGGCUGUACAACUCUGCCAAGAAUGCGGCCAAGGUUCAUCCAUCAGGCGGUAUUCUGAGCAGCACGUCCGUCGGCCGCCGUGUCAGCCGGAACUUUGGCGGAGGUUCCGGCAAGGGAGGCUUCAUCGCUUAG